AUGGAUGUCGAACGGUUCUCCUCUAAACUCGACUCGAAUAUCAUUCGCUUGCUACCAGGAAUUUUAUCUCAUCUUUUGAAGGGAAAGGAUCUGGACAGGAAGGUAGACGCCGAGUUGUACAAGCUGAACGUUUACGAUACAGGGAGCUUCUUUCGUGUACACAAAGAUACUCCUCGGAGCGAAUACAUGUUUAGCUCGUUGGUCAUAGUCUUUCCAACCCCCCACACCGGCGGCCAACUUGUCCUUCGUCACGACGACAAAGAACACAACUUUGACUCUGGUACGGUUCUAUCCAACUCUCCUUCUCCGAACGACACGAUCGCGUACGUUGCGUUCUUCUCCGACGUCGAACACGAAGUGUUGCCUGUCACAUCUGGCCAUCGGAUUACGUUAACCUACAACCUCUACUUCUCCAAAUCGAGCGGGCCGCAAGGUCCUGCUUCCCUUCUUGUACCAAAAACGAACUUCAAACUGCGAGACACGAUUUCUGGUCUACUCGACAACCCUCAGUUCCUUCCUGAAGGUGGUCUACUUGGAUUCGCGUUAUCCCACUCCUACGCUGUUGAUCUUGAAAGCAAGGAGAGCCUGAACGGAAUUCUUCAGGUACUUAAAGGCGAAGAUGCAGUUAUCCACUCAGCAUGUGAAGACCUUGGCCUCGGUCUGUCGAUCAACAGCGUUCUUGACCAACGGUUCUUAGUCAACCACCCUGUCGAUUUAUCGGAUUACGGAGAGAUAUCGGAGGAACCGUUGAUGGAUGUCGUUAUGGAGAACGAAGUGGGAACGCUGAUCCAUUCUUACGAUCGCAAACCUGUUUGGGAAUAUGGAGGUCCAGAGCAUUCGAAAGCCAUAGCUUGGAUCAAGGAUUUAAGGGAAGGAGGGGCGGGAUAUAAGUCAUCGUAUAUUUCUUAUGGGAACGAGAUGAGUUUGGAGUACGAGUAUAUACACUUGACGUUGGUUGCUGCUUUUGGACCUGUGGACGAUAGGAAAAACUGGUCGGCCUACGAAGGCGAAGAGCAAGAUUAA